AGGUUUUAGGCUCAGAUACUGCAAGCGCUGACUAAAAGGGUGUUGAACAUUGUUAAACCAUGGAUUGGUCCUGGCUGGAAGAUGCAGAACGCGUAGAAGAGCACUUGUACGCAGCUGGUUUGCGGUUGCACGACAAGUGGAUUUGCAGCACCCUUCUCCGUGACGAGGAGCCUUGCCAACAUUCCGAGGCGUCAUACAGCUGUGUGCUUUGCAACUUGCGGUGGCCUCAAGAACUUUUGUGGCCUGGACGGAUGAAACUGCGCACUUCCAAAGAGGAGGCCGAUGCACUGGCAGGAGGACUAAGUUUACAAGGGCAAGUUGUGGCAAGAUAUAUGCUUUGCUCAGGAAGAGUCCGCCUGCCUGUGAACACAUUGAUACUCAAGAUCUCGGAUGAAUUGGACCCGGUGAUCGAUUUCUUGCCUCCAUCGCUGUGUCCUGCAUGUUCUGCUACAGUUCAAAGGAAACCGCACAAAGAGGAUCAGGCCAUCAACUCCAUUUUAGUCAGAUCAUCCUCAGCUGACCUCAGUAAUGUACCCAUGAGAAUUGCACUUGAUGUUGCUCAGAAUGUCUUUUAUGGCAAUGAUCACGAGCACAUGAUCGUGGACGAAGAGAUGCUGCAGUUAGGCUAUGGGCACAUGGCCUUGCGACUGACGGUCCCAUCAACAGCAUCAGUCUAUAGUGCUUUGCGACUAGGGCUACCUGGGUGCUCAAUCGACUACUUGCCGUCAACACCCGCAAGAUUGACUGUUACGGUAUAUCCUGCCAGCGUACAUCUUCCACAUGCAAACUCUCCAAGUCUAAAUCCAAGCGAGGUGGCCCAGUGGCUGUCUUCAGUGGGAAACUGUCAUGUUGCUUCGUAUACCUCUGGUUGCAGUGCCCACGCAGUUGUUGCAGAGCUGGCCAGUGUGGGUUGCUGGCAUCGUGCAUUAGCUCUUAAUGGCGAACUAUGGCAAAGGACAGUGAUGAUAGUAUCUGCUACAGAGAACUUUGAAAGUCAUGCCUGCACACUUUCCAGCCGUCCAUCAACACGGCGUAUCAUGCUGUAUUGGCUGAGAGCUUUGUCCGGUCUUGGAGUGGUGGCAAAGCGAUUGGUCCUAGCUUUUCUUGGUGAUCCACCUGUCAUGGUGCCUAGCGACAUCGGGUCGCUUGAAGAUGCGAUGCGCGUAUCGAGAAACGUCAUUAUCGUCGGUGGGCAUUACACGCUCCCUCAGGGGCUGAAAAUCAGGUCGCCAGUCAACCUGAUCGGAGAUGGUCAAGUGUUUCUCCAUCUGGGGUCUCCAGUGCAGAUCCGAUCAGAGUUCGGCGCAGAACUUCGGAACUUGACUUUUCUCGGGGAGCAAACCGGAGAAUCAGACAAUCGUUCAGCAGUUAUUGCUGUUCAGUGCUCGUAUUUGGUAGCCAUAGGUCGUGGGUACAGGUGCUACUCGGACAUCACUCCAGUUGGAGGCAGACGAGCAUUUGCAUGCUGCAGCUGGGGCCGACCUUCAAUUACUCUGACAAACUGCACGAUUCGAGGAGGCCAUCAUGGGGUGGAUCUCCGGGGUGGCUGUGGUGUGCGUCCCAGAAUGGGAAAGAGUAGAAGGCCGAUACUAGCAUUUCCUGCGACUCAGUACCUAGAGGAUGGGCUUGACCUUGGUGCUUGGCUUGAGCGCAAUAGAAAUCAACACCAGGAAGUUGACAUGCCCAGCAUCGAGUUUUCAGGCAAAAGAGCCUAUGUUCCUGGUUGGAAGCAGCAUGUAAUGACAUUUGCACAGCUGAUUGACUGCGAGAUCUCCAACUCAGUGACUGAAGCAAUUAAUGCUUGGAGAGGUGCCCGUUUGGAAAUGACCCGCUGCUGGAUACACAACUGCGGCCAAGGGCUUACUGUCAGCCACUUUGAGACGCCUAGUGAUCUUGAACAAUUUAAGGAAUUUCAAUUGGCACCUCAUAUCUCUAUUCGAGAAUGCCUAUUUGAAGCCAUCGAAGGCAAUGACUGGUCAAGUGCAAUAUCCCUUGGACGCUUUAUGACAUCUGGAUUUACGAGAAGCCAAGAAUCUGAGUUGACCAAAGGAUUCAUGCCGGGAAGCAAAGGAAAAAGUGCAGGGCAGUAUUUUUUGGAGGCUGAGCUUUUACGGAAUACUUUGCGCUGUUGCAAUGCUGGGGUCAUUUGCUCGCGAACAAAUCUUCUUGCAAGAAGUAAUCAAGUGGAACAUGUCAAGUUCGGAGCAUUCCAGAUCUUCAAUGGCAAGACAAUUAUGGAGGAGAAUCAGAUCAAACAAUGUGCAAUUGCACUGACUGCAAGAUCCGGACUGUCUGCUGCUAUUUCUUGGGCCGCAAAGCUGGAACUCAGGUCAAAUUUGCUGCAGAUGUGUGAGGUUGGCUUGAGGUUAUCAUCUGCACGAGCUCAGCUGGAGGUUAAUCUUAGCCAAGAUAGUCUGAUUGGGCUUGGAGAUGGCAUCGUAAUCCAAGGCUCAACAAGCAAUGUGGAGAUGGAGGGAUGCCGGAUUGCCGAUUGCAAAAGAAUGGGUAUUCAUGCAUUCAAGGAAUCCAAUGUCACCUUACGCCAGUGUCAGAUUCUGCGGAAUGGACGCGGUGUCGUGAUUGCUUCUGGUAGCCGCGCUGAUAUUUCUAGAUCCUCUUUUGAGGGCAAUACUGGUUGGGCCGUGCGCUUCGAGGGACACCCAGACGACGACUUGUCACUGGGUUCAACUUCGUCUAUUGUCGGCAAUUCCUUUGGCUGCCCAGAGAAAGGCAAUGCCGGCCGAAAGCGGGUGCGGGUUGACACCAGGAGUGAGAUGGUCCGUUGUUUGGCAAAUUCCUCGCCGGGAGAAGGUCUUGUCGAGCCUGAGGUCAAGUUACAGAAAACUUCACAUUGCGCUGUACUUGCAGACGAGAUGGCGCAGCUUUCCCUCCAAACGGAGAUGUUGUAGCAACCGCCCAAUGCGAAAAGUGUAGAUUUGUACUUUCAUGGCGGAGCUGUCCAUUGAAAUCCAAGCAAUGGGACUCUGUUGUACAGACAUGUACAGACCAACACAUUGAGUCGGCCUUCAAAAAUAUGGUGUGCAGCAGUUAAGGGAUCCUGCCAGAACAACCAUUACACUGUCA